AUGUGCAAUACUAUUUUCAAAAUCCGCUAUGCCAGAAGGCCCUGUUCUCAAAAUUGCGGCUCGGAUUGGCCUCCAAGGGUGAGGGAUAUCAAAUGCAAGAACGACGAGGACAACGAGAACGGCGAGAAAGACGGAAGCUCAAGCUGCAACACAUUGACAUAUACGCUGCCGCUCGAAUACAAUUGUGCUCCGCACCUCGUUGUUAGGAUGAUUAUCCCAAAGAUCCGCCGAUAUAUGGAUGCUGUCAGGAACUUCCGUACAUCCGUGUAUGGGAGUAAGUGGAGAGCUCUCCACGUGAAUGUGAGGCCUUACGUCUACCAAUGGGCUUAUCAUGCUUUUUUCCAGGACUACAUCCACCGUUACUACUCUCACAUCUCCAACCAAGUCAAGAACAGGAUACACAUGGAGCUGCACAAUAACAGGCUGCCUCGGGGUGUCACAAUGGAUUCCAGAGGACAUGAGGACAUGCUUCAGGAGUACCAAGACGAAAUUUGCCAGAUGGUGAACAAGUUCCAGGACGACAGAAUCCUCCGGAUUGGACUUGACAUACGUCAGCAACCCCAACAGGCACGCGACUUCUUCAAGUACCCCCUAACACACACCGAGGAUACGCUUGACCAGUUGCUCCGUGAGAUUGAAAGUGGUCAGCUCACCGUCGAGCAUUACUGGAUUACCCACGCCUAUACCUUGCCAGAAUUCUCAGAGCACUACUCUUAG